UCCGGUUCGUGCAUAGUUGUGCUUCAGGGUUUUUGUGUGUACUCGUGCUCCAGGACAUUUCCUGCUUUGGCAGCCCAAAAGUUUCCAUUGUUUUGGCCAAGUCCAACCACCAAGGCCGUCUCUGAGUGAGUGAAGGGAAAACGGGCCAGUAAACCGUCGUGGUCGGGAUUCAACGGAGCGUCAAUCUUGUGACUGAGGAUCAACGUGGUUUGUGGCCACGAAUAACAAACGCCAAGACGCAUGCACACGAGAAGACAUGUUGUGGCCCAGAGAAGCUGCCAAAUUCAUCUCCUCCAGAUCAAAAGAUGUGAGGAUUGCAGAGGAGGGCGUGAGGAAGGUGGCCAUCAUCAUCGCCGAGCUUGUCAGGGACGGCAGGCUGGAUAUGGAGGGCUUCAAACAGAAUGAAGUUAUGCCACUAAACAAAGGUUUGACUAAGGCUCAGCUUGCUGAUUGGAUCUUCCUGGUUGAUUCCCUCAACUUUAACUUUUGGACACCUCAUGGAGUCCCUAAAUACACUGUUGUGUAUGAAGGAAAGAAAAGGACUGGAUAUAUGGCUAUGGUUGCUGCUAUCAAUAGGGCUAUUGAUGAAGGAAAGAAGAUGUAUGACCCUAAAUUUUACAGCAAGCUAACAAUAGAUGACGUUGUGCACAUAUUUCGUUCCGACACCGUGUCAACCAUGCCGCUCUUCGAGGAGCGAAUUCACGUGCUGAAAGAGGUGGGAAAUAAGCUCAUUGAAAAGUAUGAUGGAACAUUUGUAAAUGUCUUGAGAAAGGCAGAUGGUAGUGCCAUGAAAUUGAUAGAUCUUGUUACUAAUGAAUUUCCAUGUUUCCAAGAUAUUGCCUUUUAUGAGGGACAAAGUGUGGCCUUAUUUAAGAGAGUGCAGAUUCUGGCAGCUGACUUAUGGAUGCUGUACCAUGGAGAAGGAUUAGGGGCAUUUACAGACAUAGACUCUCUUACUAUGUUUGCUGACUACAGAGUUCCCCAAGCCAUGGCAUAUUUUGGAGUCCUGAAAUAUUCUGACAGCUUAAUGGAGAAACUGAGAAAUGAAGUGCUAUUUCAGUCUGGGGAUCGAGAAGAAGUGGAGAUUCGUGGUUGCUCUAUCCAAGCAGCCGAGUUAAUAGUGAGUGAAACGUGUAAAAUUCUGGAUUCUUGGAACCAACCAUCUGGCGGCCUUAACAGUGUCAAGGUGGAUUAUUUUCUUUGGGAUUUCAGAUUAAUGAAUGCCACAGAACUGGAUAUGGUUCCUUACCACAGAGUGCGGUGUAUUUACUACUAGUACUUUCUCAUGGCUAAAUUAUUUUUAAAGUUUUAUGUAGUGUUUUGGGCAUGAUCUUGAUUGUAAUAAUAUUUUUCUUAUAUUUUGUACCAGUUUUCUAUCUUUUCAGUUUCAAGGAUAGGUAAAACAAUGGAAAACUACUUAAAAAUUUCUUUAUGGGUGAUGGCUGAAAAUGCUUUCAUGUAUUACUUGGUAAUUGAUUCAGACAUUAAGAUUUACUUUGAAGAUAUCUGAUGUUUUCCAUGUACAGUAGUAUACAAGGAAUUCACUGUUCUUUUCUGGGGUGAGCUCCUUCGGCUCCCCGGAGCUAACCGGGCUGAUAUGAAUGUAUUAGACCCCUGGCAUCAGUCAGUGCACAUGGAGUUCUAGGCCUACCAGGGACCACGAGCCAGAACCUGUCCCCCCUUAGAGAGGCAUAAGGAGUGAUGGCCUAUAGAAACCCCCGUGUGGUUGGAAGCAUUCUAUGUAUACCAUCGACCAGGUCAGGCACCCAGAAAGGUAAGCUCCCCAAAACAAACCCUUAUUCUCUUUAAAAUAUUGCUACUAAAACCCGAACUAGUGGACAUAACUCCCCAAAUGAAAACAAGCAAACGGGCCGACUGCCUCCCGGGAAAGUCCCUCCUGUUUUCGUCUUUUGGUAAGUAGCUUCGGGGAGCUGACGGGGCUCCCCCCAGAAAACCAGCAUUGAAUGUAAUGAAACGGCAUUUUCUGGGUGAGACCUGGAGGCUCCUGGCAACUCUCCAUCCCUCCAGUCGACGGUUUUUCAUGUGUUUUUGAUAUCCAGCUUCAGAACUGGGGUCUUGGAUAGCCUGCAGGAGGGGUCUGGGGCUCCCCCUUCCCCCUCCCGGGGAGAGGGAAGCUGGGCAGAUGGCGAUGUGGUGACGUCAUGUUCAUUUGCUCGUUUUUGUUUGGGGAGUUAUAUCCACUAGUUCGACUUUUGGUAGCAAUUUUCACCAAAUUAGGGGUUUGUUUUGGGACGCUUACCUUUCUGGGCGCCUGACCCGGUCCAUGGCAGACGUAGAAUGCUUCCAACCACACGAUUGGUUUCUUUAGGCCAUUGCUUCCCGUGCCUUUCUGAAGGGGGCCAGGUUCUAUAUCGUGGUCCCCGAGAGGCCCACAGAACUCCAUAGACAUGACUGAUGCCAAAGUCUGACAUUAGCCUAUCAGCCUGGAUUAGCUCCGGGGCACCUCCUGGUCUCACCCAGAAAAUGGCGUUUCAUUACAUUUAAUGCUGUUUUUUUAUUUUGAAGGAUAAAGGGCUAUUUGGUACUGAUGCAUAUCAAAGCACUAUUUGUCUAUAUAUUUGCAAGUUUGCUCAAACUGUUUUUUCUGGGGGGGGGGGGGGUGCCUCUAUGGCUUCCUGGAGCUAUCCAUGGCUGAUAUAGAUACCAUAACUAU